UUUGAGCGCACUAAGAUGUUUCUAGUUUUCCUUGUUUCUGUAUUUUUUUUUUUUUAAAUCUGGAGAAAGGGACUUGUAUUAUUAUUAUUAGAAACGUCAAGAUUAGUCAAAUCUUCAAUCUAUUCAAGGGCCUCUUCAAGCCAAUCGUACCAUUCAUCCAGGUAAGAUCGAGUUUGGGGGCUGCUUUGUGACAAAUACAAUAGGAUUCAUGACAGAUUUCACCUCUCAUAGCAAGAUAGAGCGAUUUCAAGGUUUUCCUGGACUUAACUCAGUUGUAAAUCAUUGUCCUUGUGCCAGCAUGCUCUUAGUUGGGUUUCGAAAGUGCAUAGCAUAACUGGACAAGUGAUUCUUGAUUUUUUUUAUUUUAAUUUUUUUAUGGUCCAGUUAUAGACUCCCAAUCUCAAGAAGAAAUAUGUCGUCUCCCCCAAACAGUGUCUUGAAGGGACAGACAGCACUACCUACAGAUAAAGUUCAACAGAUUGGGCUACUUGAUGCAGUUAAUGAUAAAUAUGGAGGAGUUGUGGUAGAUAUGAAGGAACCCAUGGACUCUCACAUCUAUGUUCCUUUGCUUAGAGCUUCGAUAUCCCAAUGGAGGCAACAGGGCAAGAAGGGUGUUUGGAUCAAAUUGCCUAUUCAACAAGCUAACCUUGUUGAACCUACAGUUAAGGAGGGUUUUAGGUACCACCAUGCUGAAUCAAAUUACUUGAUGCUGGUCUAUUGGAUUCCUGACAAUCCUGAUACUCUUCCUGCAAAUGCUUCACAUAUAGUUGGCAUUGGUGCCUUUGUUAUGAACAAUAAGAGAGAGGUGCUGGUAGUGAAGGAGAAACAUGGAUAUUUCGAAGGUAAAGAUGCAUGGAAGUUUCCUACAGGCGUUGUUAAUCAGGGUGAGGAUAUUUGUGCGGCUGCAAUUCGAGAAGUAAAAGAAGAGACAGGAAUUGACACAGAAUUUAUGGAAAUUUUAGCAUUCAGCCAAACCCACCAGCAAUUCCUUGGAAAAUCAGAUUUAUUUUUUGUUUGCAUGUUACAACCACUCUCCUUUGACAUCACAAAACAAGAUUCAGAGAUCAAGGCAGCCCAGUGGAUUCCAAUCGAUGAGUAUGUGAACCAAACUUACAACCGGGAACACAAGCCAUUCGAAUAUGUUGCUAAGAUAUGCUUAACUAAGUCACAGAGUAACUAUGGUGGAUUUUCAGCAGUGCAUACACUAACAUCGUCUGGCAAACAGCCCUAUUUGUACUUCAAUGGGCAAGAUUUCAAACCGUGAUAGCAUUCUUCGUAGAAUAUGUAGUCGUUUUUGGGAAAUUAAUUAGUUAGUGUAUGAGCUAAAAUAUUCUCACAGGGCUUGGUCGUGUUUAUUAGAUUAAAGAAAUAAAUAGAGCAUAUGGGUCUUUCACUUAAGCACCAGACACGGUUCAUGCAGGUUCAUAGCUCUUUGCCUUCAACUGUGCAUAUGAACAGUGUGCUUUUAUGUUUUUGUUCAUUGAACUUUGAAUUCUUGCAAUUUCAUCCUC